CUUGAUUAAUACAGCUUGACCUUGCUUGCGAGUUUGCUUGGAAGAGAUGGCCAUUUCGUGAUAGGCUCUACAGAGCCAAAGUGCCGGAGCCAUGGCACCAAAGCCUAAGAAGCCAGAGGCUGCGCCUCCUCCACCGCCGGAGCCAUCCCCUGACGACAACCUGCCGCAAGACAUCAAGGAGCUGACGGAGUGCCCAUUUGAGGUCACUUGGAAGCCCGUUGUCUCUAUCGUGGACUAUGGCGUGGGUGCGGACGCGAAGGGCAUCCAGGCCACGCUGAAGCGGAAGGAGCUAGCGCGCUACAUUGUCCUGCAUGAGGCGGUGCUUCGGUUGGAUCCUGCCACGCCUCUGGGGCAGGAGGCUAAGGCCGUCCUAGAUGCCCACAUAGCAGCUGGCCAGGGGCCGGAAACAUGCACUUUUGGCCCGGAGCUGAGCUCCAAGCUGCUGGCCGACAAGUUUGCUCGCGACCAGCUGGCGGACUGGCGCGUGGAGCUGCACCGCCGCCGCACGCGGCUGCAGGCGGCUCAGGACGACGCCACCGCGGCGGCGGCGGGGCUGACAGCUGCACAUGAGGCCGUGAAGGCCGCGGGAGAGGCGCUGGCGGCGUACCACCGCGGCGUAGAGGAGGAGGAGGCGCGGAAGGCGGCGCAGCGCGCCGAGGAGGGCGAGGAGGAGCCGCCGACGCCGCUGGAUGACGAGGAGGGCGCGGCGCCGGUAGAGCGGGAGGCGCCGGCGGAGGAGGUGGCGCUGGAGCAGGCGAAGGCAGCCGUGGUAGCGGCGGAGGUACAAGUUAGGGAGACCGCCGAGACUGCGUCCCGGCUUGCGGCCGUCCAGAACGAGCCGUUCGUGUGCUAUCAGACCUACAUCCUCAGCGGCCUCACGCUGUCACUCGCCUCAGUGCGUAAGGCGCUGGAGGAGGGCACGCCGCUCCGGGGUGUGCUGUGGGCCAAGGCGGCGGCGCCAGCCGCGCCAGCAGACGGCGCCGCUGCCGCGCCAGAUGCGGCUGCUGCUGCCGCUGCCGCCGCCGAGCCAGCCCCCUGGUACGCUGCUGUUAAGAAGGCGGCACAGAAGGCGCUGUGGGAGGAUGUUUUGGCGCAGCUGGUGCCGCUGGAGGUGCAGGUGCCAGCCUACACGCCGCCGCCGCCGCCCGAAGCGGAGCCCGCCAAAGGCAAGAAGCCGUCAUCCGCAAAGCCCACGGCGGCCAAGGGCGCCAAGGGCGCUGCUGCCGCCGCCGCCGCGGCGGUCGCCGCAGCGGCGGUGGAGGCUCCGCCAGCGCCGCCCGAAGACUCUCCCGGUUGGGAUGCAGUGUCGGAGGUGCUGAAAACGCUGGCAUACAACGUGCGCACGUACGAUGAGUGGCGGGCAAAGGUGAAGGUGUACGACGCAUCGAAGUACGAUGAGGUGCCCGCGCCGCCGCCCGAACCUGAGCCAGAGGCGCCGCCGCCCCCUCCCCCCGAGCCGGUGCUGCCGCCGCCUCCUGCAGCCGGCGCCAAGACCCCCUCCGCCAAGGGCGGGCGCACCACGCCGCCUGCGCCGCCACCGCCUCCUCCCCCGCCCCCGGAGCCGGAGCCGGAGCCCACACCGCCGCCGCCGCCGCCUGCCGGGCCCAUGCCGCCGCCGCACAACCUGGGCUACUACUCGGCGCUGCUGGACGGCGUGCCGCUGGAGCGCGUGUCGGUGCCGCUGGUGAUGCACGCGCUGCUGGAGCAGGUGGCGCGCAACAUGGCGUCGGGCGAGGCGGGCGAGGACCUGACGGAGGCCGGCGGCAUGGCGGCGGCGGAGAUGGCGGCGCUCAGCGCGCUGGACGGCGCGCUCAGCGCUCUGGACACCGAGCUGCAGGAGGCGGUGUUCGCGCCGCCCAAGCCGGAGGCCGCCGACUACUCGCUGGUCUGCGAGGUGGACGGCCUGGCGGCAGCGGCGGCCGGGCUGACGACAGGCUGGGUGCGGGCCGCACCGCCGCGGCCUGAGUCGCCCACGUCGCACCUGGACGCCGCGGCCGCGGUAGCGGCGGAGCCCAGCGUCCUGGGCGCGCCGGCGUCCGAGGCCAGCGGCGGCGCCGGCAGCGUCUUCGGCGGCGCCUCCUACGGCACCGGCCCCGAGGGCUUGUUCACGCACUCCGGCACGCUGGAUGUGGAGGCGGUGGAGGCGCACAUGCUGCGGUGCAUGAUGCUGCCUGGCGCGCAGUCGUUUGCGGAUGCGCGGGCGGCGGCGGGCGAGCUGGCCGCCAGCGGCUCGUUCGGCAUGGGCACGGGCCUGGACGCGCUGUCUAAGAGCCUGCGGCGGACGGCACUGCAGGCCGAGGCGGAGGCGCUGCCCGUGGCAACCAUUGAGCGCUACCAGCUGCUGCAGGCCGCGGUGGACCUGCUGCCGCCGUCUGCCAAGCUGUCGCACGAGGACGCCAUCCUGGCGCGCCACUGGCACGAGCCGCUGGACGGCCCGCGCCUCAAGCAGGCGCUGGCGGAGGCCGUGACGGAGCUGCCGUCCAUGUCGUCCGUCUACUACGGCCCCGCCGACAGCGUGGUGGUGGCGUGCUACGCCGCUGAGAACCUGCGCAGCACCGCAGCCGACCUGCCGGUGGCCAUGAACCUCAGCGCCUUCGUGCGGCGCGCCGCCGCCGCGGCGCCCGGGCCCGUGGACCUCCCUGCCAAGGUGUACAAGAUGGCGCCCGAGCUGGCGGCGGGCGUGGAGGCGCACCAGCGCACCGCGUUCCUGUACCCGCAGACCGCCUGCAUCGUGAGCGCGCCCAUGCCGGCGGUGACGCAGGAGGCGGCGGCGGAGUCGGUGCCGCCCGGCGUGCAGACGGCGGCGACGCUGGCGUCGCUGGCGGCGGAGGGCUCAGCGCCGCAGCCCACGGGCAGCCUGGCCAUCUCGCGCGGCGGCGUGGCGCUGCGCUGGCGUGAGGGCUCCGGCGCGCCGGCGGACAAGGCGCCCGGCGAGGGCGCGAACGACCCCUCCGGCGCGCCACUGCUGCUGGGCACGCUGCCGGGCGGCUCCGUGCUCAGCGCCUUCCACGUGGUGGACCCCGCCGCGGCGGAGGCGGCGCGGCUGGCGGAGGAGGAGGCGGCGCGGCUGGCAGAGGAGGAGGAGGCUAAGAAGAAGGCGGAGGCCGAGGCCGCAGCGGCGGAGGAGGGCAGCGAGGACAGCGGGCCUGCCUUCAAGCCCAUGAUGAGCGCGGCGGAGGCGCUCAAGGCCGGCAACCGCGGCAUGUUCGAGGACGAAGACGAGGAUGAGGACGAGGACUACGGCGGCGGCGGCGACGACCUGAACACGCUGUUGAACAAGGACAAGAAGCCGCCGCCGGUGACGGCGCUGCAGGUGACCACGCCGUCGGGGCACCUCAUCCGCAUGACCACGGACGGGCAGGUGCUGGUGGCGCCCGCCGACGACCCCAGCCUGGCGCCGCCGCUGGCGCCCUUCCGCGGCGUGGCCGUGCACGGUGCGCCGCUGCCGGGCGCCGACCUGGCGGCGCUGCGCGCGCCCGCCACGCCCAACGCCUUCCGGGCCGUCACGCGCGACGGGCUGCUGGUGUCGGCCGCGCGCGGCGCCGUGGCGCGCGUGCUGUGCCCCGACGGCAGCGUCAGCGAGCGGCUGGACGCGGUGGAGGGCUGGCUGGGGCCUGACGGCGCCGCCGCCGCCAGGGGCUGGCUGCGCACGGCGCUGGACGGCACGCGGCUGCGUGAGCCGGACGAGGGCAGCAAGCCCAAGCCGCCGCCCACGCCGCCGCCGGAGCCCGAGUCGGUGGCGGAGCCGGAGCCGGAGGUGAAGGGCAAGGGCGCCAAGGCCGGCGCCAAGCCGGCCUCCAAGGACACGCUAAAGAAGGGCAAGGGCAAAGGCAAGGGCGGUGAUGACGAGCCCACGCCGCCGCCCACCCCGCCGCCGGAGUCGCGCCGCCCGCAGCCGCCGCCCCCGCCGCCCUUCACGCUGGAGCUGCCCGCCAUCGGCUCCGCAACCCUGACCGACCCCGACACCGGCGCCCGCGUGACCACACGCGAGGACAACGUCAUGGUCGUGGCCUACCCCGCCGGCGACGUGCUUGUGCAGGACUACGACGGCACCCGCAUAACGCGCGCCGCCGACGGCGCCUGGAGCGUGGAGAUGGACGGCUUCGCCCCCAUCCUGGGCAGCCCCGCCGGCCUCACCAUCUCGCCCUGCCCCGGCGUCACGUUGUCUUGGGACGCCACCACGGGCGUGGUGACGGGGACGCUGCCCGACGGCAGCGCCGUGCUGGCGGCGCCCCAUGCCGCGGCGUUUGCGCCGGCGGGCGUGCAGCCGCCGCCGCUGGCGACGCUUGCCUCGGAGCCGGAGGCGCUUGAUGAGGACGAGGACGAUGAGGACGAGGACGAGGACGGCAACAUGCGGAAGAAGCCGAAGAAGGAGGACCCGGUUGCGGAGGCGGUGGCUGCAGCCAACUUGCUGGACGAGCUGGCGGCCAACCCUGACCUCAGCGGCAUCUUCCUCUUCGACCCCCGGGGCGGCAGCUGCGCCUUCUACGAGUCCGAGCAGCUCCGCUUCUUCCUUCUGGGCCCGCUGGCGCGCGGCGCAGCGCAGGCCGCCGCCAAGGCCAAGGCCGGCGCAGACGACGACGAGGAGGACGACGACGACGGCGGCCGGCCGGCCAAGGUGUUUGAUGUGCCCAAGCCCUACUGGCCGCCGCCGCCACCGCUGCUGCACAUCCACAUCCCCGAGCUGCCGCCGCCGCCCCCGCCCCCGCCGGUGGUUGAGGAGGACGAGGAGGAGGUGAAGCCAGCUGGGGGCAGCCGACGCCCCUCUCUCAUGGACCCAGACGCCGGCAGCGAUGCGGAAGACGAGUAUGGCAACUCUCGCCGAGGCACGGCCGACGGCGCCACGGGCGCCGGCGACGGCGAGGAGGCAGCCCCGCCGCCGCCGCCGCGCCCGCCCACGCCGCCGCCACCGGAGCCCGUCAUCACCUACCUGCCCGUGGCUCCUCACAUCAAGCCGCGCAUCUUCGUCAUCCGCAACGACGGCUCCGGCUUUGAGGUUCUUGACACGCAGCUGGUGAGUAGCUACCUCGCCGGCCGCCGCCAGAUGGCGGCGGAGUCCACCGCGCGCCCCGGCUCCGCCGCCAAGCCCGGUGCCGCGCCCGGCGCCGCCUACGGCAUGGCUGUGGAGCUGCGGCGUGAGGAGCUGCACGGCGGCGAGGAGGAGGGCGCGGUGAUGCACAGCGUGCUGGUGCAGGUGCCGCAGCGGCCGCCGGCGCUGGAGCCGCUGCCUGUGGGCGGCGCGGCGCUGCUGCAGCGCUACCGGCCGCACCUGGAGGAGCUCAUGCCGGCCUUCAAGCGACUGGCGCAGCUGGUAAAGCCAGAGCCCGGCGCCGGCCUGAGCACCGCUCAGUACCUGCCUCGCGUCAUGUCGUACGAGCCGCCGGUCGUGCGGGCCGCCGCGCCGCUGCCGGUGCUGGUGUACCGCGAGCUGCUGGAGCUGCCCGCCCUCAGCGGCGAGACCAUCGCCACCAUCCGCGAGGUGCUGGCGCAGCAGGCGCGCACGGAGCAGACGCAAGCCAUGAUGUACGCCCAGGCGGUGCCCUACAGCGACCCCCGUCCGUCCGAGACGGCGGCGCAGGACGCGGAUGUGCUGGCUGGCAUCCUGGCCAUGCGCUCCAAGCCCCCCAUCGGCCGCGUGCGCAGCGUGGCAGCUGAGGUGCGGCGGCGGCGCGAGACGUCGGAUGCGGCAGCUGUGGCGCGGGAGCAGGCGGCGCGCGAGCGGGAGAUGGCGACGGCGAUCAACAGCGAGAAGGAGAAGCGGCCGUGGCCAGUAAAGGUCGGCCCUUUCGACCACACGCCCAAGCGGCCGGAGGAGGGCAUGAUUCUGCCGUACUUUGGCUCGGAGGAGGGCAUCCUGGCUCUGGAGAACGACCCCAUCAUCCAGCAGCCCAUCAACCGCCGCAUGCUGCCGCCACGCCUGCCGCCGCCCGCCGCCACGCCGGGCGCGCCCUCCACCUACUCCCCCGGCGUCUACGUGGCGGACCGCCCCGCGCCGCCGCCAGGCGGAUCGGACCUCGGCGCUGGAGCCGCCGCCGGCGUCGAGUACUCCUCACCCAGCCGCCUGGGCGCCACGGGUGCCUCCAUCAUGUCGCGCACAGGCGGUGCCGCGGGCACGGACUUCGCCUACCCCGAGCUCGCACACAGCCAGAUCCUGGCGCAGCAUACGGAGCGCGCUGGCCCUGGGCCCAGCCUCAAGUCCCACGCCUAUGAUGUGUACGGGCAGCCGCGCACGCUGCCGCCGCCAGUGCCGCGGCAGCACCGUGCCGACGAGGCGGAGGCGGCGCUCAACGAGUCCUACCUGCGGGCGGAGGCCGACGCGGUGCGGCUGGGCAAGACCUCCUCCACGCAGCUCAUCCGCGCGGCGGGCAAGGCGCUACGGCAGUUCGCGCUGACGCCCUCGCACCUGCACCUGGGUACGGUGCCCGUGGGCGCUGUGGCGCACCGCACCGCGCGGCUGGCGAACGUCUCGACGGGUGCGGCGCGCUUCAGCGUGGUGCGGCCAGAGCUACCGCUCCGCGCCAUUUACAAGCCUGGGCCGGUGGCGGCCGGCAUGGAGGCGCUGAUCACUGUGGAGUUUGUGGCGGAGAAAGUCGGCGACUUUGUGGGCGAGGUCACGGUGAAGAGCGAGCUCAACGUGCUCACGAUCACCGUCAGCGCCAAGGUCGUGCCGGCGCAGGACGGCGGGGACGAGGCCGCGGUGGCUGCGCAUGAUGCGGGCAGCAGCCCGGCCCGGCGGGGCCUGGAGUCGGCGGGCGGCGGGCAGCUGCCGCCGGUGACGUCCGGCCGCAAGUCGGCGUCGCAGUCGGCGGUGGGCAGCCGGCUCACCAGUCCGCUGGCGGGCGCCUCGCGCGGCGCCUCGCCGGCGGUGGGCGGGCACAACGUGGGCGGUCUGGACAUUCCCAGCCUGGAUGAGACAAAGACGUUGAAUCAGGUCAUUCACGGGGAUGCAACAGGAGGAGCGGGCGCGGAGGAGCCCGCGCCGGAGCCCGCACCAUAGGGGCUGUGCGGAGUGCCAGCGGUGUCACGCUGUGCUGUCAGUAGAAUACCUUAGUAUGUUUGGGGGCACGGAGGAAGGAAGAAAGACGCGGCACGCGUGCGGGAGGCCGUGUGCUGGAUGUGGUGGGCAACAGUCGGGAAACACAUAGGGCUGAGUGAUGGGUUGGGGUGUCCGCACUAGCGUCUUGAACUGAGGUGGCGCUGAGGUGUGCGCUCGCGUGUCGUGCACAAGCAAUGCAUCGGUGUGCUGUAACAAUGGAUCUGCCGACUCUUGAUCACCAUGCAAGGGCCCAGGGCGUCUGGUUAUCGUGAUGUCUACAUGAGCAGAUAGACCCGCACAGUCGGGCCCUGGGCAGUGCGUUCCAGCGGCACUCACUGUCGUGGCGUAGUCACAUAUGCACGAACGUUGCGCUCGCCCGCGCUCUUCCUUGUUUCCCCGGCACCCCUGUCCCUGGCUUUUGCUACUGAUACUGACUGGACCAGAAGAUCCGAAGUUGUGAGCAGUCAGGUAUCCAGGCGGGGGCAAGGCUGGGAGCUGGUAGGAGUGGGAGGAUUUGCGAAGGGCCGGAUGGUACACGGGUUUGUCCCCCCGGAAAAGUCUGACAACCGUUGACGUAACUUCUCAACCUGUAACCGGCUGCCAUG